AUGGCCUCGACUGAUGAAGUCCUCAUCAUUGGUGCCGGCGUCGGGGGUCUCUGCUUGGCGCAAGGCUUACACCACCGCGGCAUUCCCUUUCGGGUCUUUGAGCGCAACGAGUCCCUCGCGGCCAAGAGCCAAGGGUAUCGGUUCCGGCUCGUGAACCCAGGCAUCGAGGCGUUGGAGCGGACGCUGUCGCCGGAGCUCUGGGACCUGCUGGAGCGGACACAUGCCCGCGAUAGCCCCCCGGAUCUGCUCCGAAUGGACGCCCACACGGGCGCUACCACGCUGGCAUCGCCUGCCGAGGGAGCCACGGACCGUGAGCGCCGCUGCUACCCGAUUGACCGGCCGUGGUUUCGUGAGCUGCUGCGUCUAGGCAUCGAGGACCGCAUCGAGUUCGGCAAGGCCUUUGUGAGCUUCGAGUACGAGGAUGGAGGGUCAGAGGGUAUACGAGCCUCGUUUGCCGAUGGCACUUUGGCAAGGGGAAGCCUUUUGGUCGCUGCCGACGGCGUACAUUCACGGGUACGCCGGGCGCGGUUCCCGGACCUCCGGCCGCACCUCGAUGUGCGACGGACCGUCAUGUGGGGACGGACGCCGCUGACGGCCGAGUUCGAGCGGCGGUUUGCCCGUCCCGAUAUUCUCGCCAACCACUUUGCGUACAUGGUCGACCCCACCAACGCGGCCCGGAGCUGCUUAUUCGCGCCCAUCCGCUGGCCUGGCGACGUUGCCGCGCUGUCGGGCGGGAGGCUGUCCAAGACGUCCGACUACAUGUUCUGGGCGCUCACCUCGGAGGCGCCGACGACCAGGGAUGUGAAUUCCACGCCCGAGGUACGAGCUGGAUAUGCGUUGGAAAUCACAGAAAACUGGCAGUCCAAUCUCCGCAGUCUGUUUGAAAUGCAGGAUGCAGAUUCGCUCUAUGCAGUCAACGUUGUAUCGAGCACGCCAGACAUCCAUGUGUGGGAGACCGAUUCAAGGCUCACAUUCGUUGGCGAUGCAAUCCAUGCAAUGAGCCCAACAGGUGGGUCAGGCGGGUUGACAACGAUUCAAGAUGUGGCAGAUCUGUGCGAUGCUCUCGUCGACGCCGGCUUUGGGACGAAAGUAAUAGAUCCAGAGAAAAGUAAACAGUGCCUGCAAAAAUACGAGAAUAAGAUGCGAGUAAGGGCCAAAGCCGCUCUGGAGCGGAGUUAUCGAGGAGGCAAGGCAAUCUGGGCAGGACAAGAAUGGUACGAGUAUGAUUAUGCCAAGUCAUAG